AUGACAGCGGAGGGCAUGUGUGCCAAACGACGAACCACUUACCAGAACAUGCACGAGAUUGUCAAGUUGGCCAAGAAGUACUCACCUAAGCUCGUGAAAGGCUACAGUGCAGGCAACAUUUCUGUGGUGGAUAAGAAGAGUUGGUUGGAAGUCUGCGACCGUAAGCACCGGUACGGCGCCAACCUGCGGGCAUACUAUAAAGAAUGGAAACGGCAACCCAUGGAGCCUAUGAAGCCAAGUUUCUGGGAGUGGCUGGACGAUGAAUCAAUUGAAGUAGCUGGUGUCCCGCGAACGAAGCUCGAGCGAGAGACUGUUCUCUAUUGUGACACAGCCGCAGAGCGCCAAAAGUUUGCGCUGUCAGUGCAGAACGGCGUAAUUGUGCGUGAUUUUGGACAAGAAAUCGUGGAAACAGGGCCGGAUGGAUGGAUUUUUGUUCUGCGCGAUGGCGUUCUCUAUGGCUGUCAGAAGGAGACGAAGAAGAUUCCUCGGAUUCACCACACGAGCUUUGUUGGCGGAGAAUGUGUGCAGACGGCCGGUAUGAUGGUGAUCACUGAAGGGGUGAUUAAGACUAUUUUCCCGCAUAGUGGUCAUUACCGGCCGUCCGAGUACGAGUUACUAGUGCUAUUGCGCUUUCUAGUCAAGAAUGGUGUGGAUCUGAGCGCCGUCGAUGUCGACGUACAGCGGAUCCAGAAGGUCUACCGUGAAUCGGUGAACGGUACCCUUGUACGGAAGUUGGACAAUGCACAUUUCUGGAACGCGUACCGUGUAUGGUACUUCUUGGAAGAGAAGCAUCUUGCGUGGAAAAUUGGCUUGUUCGACGAGCUUGUUGAGACGGUAGGUAAGAUGACGGAUACGCACGUGUUGCUCGAGCGAGCUGAAAUCUUGGGCGAAAGUACUGUAAAGGAGAUGAACGAUGAUGCGUCUGAGAAAUCGUUUCAUGACGGCAGAUCUCGUGCGUUUUCUCUUUUGCAUCCUGCUUACGACUGUUCGACUUGCGAAGGUGUGGUGAAGUAG